GCGUGCGGCGCGGGCGCUUCGCGCUUCCCCGCCGACCAUGGAGCGGGUGACGUUGCCUCCCGGAGGCGCGGCGGCCGUCGAUGAGUACCUGGAGUACCGGAGAAUUGUUGGUGAGGAUGAUGGAGGGAAACUUUUUACUCCUGAAGAAUAUGAAGAAUACAAAAGAAAAGUUUUACCUAUGCGCUUACAGAACAGAUUAUUUGUGAGCUGGCGAUCACCAACUGGAAUGGAUUGUAAACUUGUGGGUCCAGAGACACUGUGUUUUUGUACACAUAGGUAUAAGCAACAUAAAACUGACUUUGAAACAAUUCCACAGCAGCGUCCCAUUAGUCUGCCUUGCCGAGUGACUGGCUGCCAGUGCAGGGCUUACGUUUAUGUCCCUCUGAAUGGCACACAGCCCAUUCGCUGCAGAUGCAAGCACUUUGCGGAUCAACAUAGCGCUGCCCCCGGCUCCGCUUGCAAUGCCUGUUCCAAGUGUUCAGGAUUCCAUAGUUGCUUCACAUGUGCUUGUGGUCAGCCUGCGUAUGCCCAUGACACAAUAGUAGAAACUAGGCAAGAAAGACUGGCUCAGGGAAAACCAGUGGGACAGGAUGUUCCCUAUGCAGCAAUGGGAGGAUUAACUGGCUUCAGCUCACUAGCAGAAGGCUACAUGCGGUUAGAUGACAGUGGAAUUGGUGCACCUUCUGUUGAAUUUUUAGACUCUCCAGUUACAGCCACAGACCAUCCAUUUCUCAAGGCAUUUCAAGCAUCCUCUAGUUCUUCUCCUGAAACAUUAACAGUUGUAGGUACAAGUAGUCAAGUUUCUUCCUUAAGGAGACCAGAAGAGGAUGACAUGGCUUUCUUUGAAAGACAAUACCAGGAAAGGAUAAAAAUGGAAAAGGCUGCUAAACAGAAAGGAAAAGCACCAUUACCAUCAACUACAAAACCUUCAUGAAGACUCCUGGGGAAAUUGAAACCAUCUUCCACAUGUGUUUUUUGUGUUUAUUUAAAUAUAAUAUAGCUUGUUUUCUCUCAAAUUACUCCUUUUACUGGGUAAAAUCUUUUUGGUUGUUUAUUUAAAUAAGUGAAAAUACCUUGUAUUAUUUUUGUCAAUUUAUGAUUUACAAAUUUGUAUAUACUUUUUAUUUCUACUAAAAAUGAGGUUAUUUUCAUGAGUUAAAACCUGAAAUACAGGUGACUUUUAGUCUAUUAUAAUUUCAGGCUAUAAUCUGUAUUUUAAAAAUUUAAGAUGUUAUUAAGGAUUUUGAACAAAUGUACA